CCCUGGCCGUGGUGGUGGGCCGAGUGAAUGAAUGGCUGCAGCCAGCUCCUCUGGUCUCCUUUGUCAGUGAGGCACGCAGGCGCUGUCCCCAGAGGCCAGGGGUCUCACAAAUGUUAGUCCAGGCCCUGACUGGCUAGCCUAGGGAGGCAGGGGAGAGCCAGCCCUGGGGCUGGGUCCAGCACGGCCGCUGAGCAGCGUGUGAUGUUGGGUGAGUGACAAUGGCGGAGAGGACGUGACCCGCACGGACCCUUCUCCACACACCGACUGGCACCACCAUGCAGAAGCCCAGCGGCCUGAAGCCCCCUGGCCGUGGGGGGAAACACUCAAGCCCCGUGGGCCGGACGUCCACCGGGUCGACCUCUGUGUCCGGGGCAGCGGCGGCCACCGGCUCCAAGGAAGGCUCCCCCCUGCACAAGCAGGCCUCGGGCCCGGUCCCCCCCGCCGCCGCUCCCGCCCCCACCGCUGCCGAGAAGCCGGGCCCCAAGGCGGCCGAGGUGGGCGAUGACUUCCUGGGGGACUUCACGGUGGGCGAGCGGGUGUGGGUGAACGGCGUGAAGCCCGGCGUGGUGCAGUACCUGGGCGAGACGCAGUUCGCGCCGGGCCAGUGGGCCGGCGUGGUGCUGGACGAGCCGGUGGGCAAGAACGACGGCGCGGUGGGCGGCGUGCGCUACUUCGAGUGCCCGGCCCUGCAGGGCAUCUUCACGCGGCCCUCCAAGCUCACCCGGCAGCCCACAGCCGAGGGCUCGGGCAGCGACGCGCACUCGGUGGAGUCGCUCACCGCGCAGAACUUGUCGCUGCACUCGGGCACGGCCACGCCGCCGCUCAGCAGCCGGGUCAUCCCGCUGCGCGAGAGCGUCCUCAACAGCUCGGUCAAGACCGGCAACGAGUCGGGCUCCAACCUCUCGGACAGCGGCUCUGUGAAGCGCGGCGACAAGGACCUGCGCCUGGGAGACCGUGUGCUGGUUGGUGGGACGAAGACUGGCGUGGUGCGGUACGUGGGGGAGACAGACUUUGCCAAGGGCGAGUGGUGCGGCGUGGAGCUGGACGAGCCCCUUGGGAAGAACGAUGGGGCGGUGGCAGGCACCAGGUACUUCCAGUGCCCACCCAAGUUUGGUCUCUUCGCGCCCAUCCACAAGGUAAUCCGCAUCGGCUUCCCGUCCACCAGCCCGGCCAAGGCCAAGAAGACCAAGCGCAUGGCCAUGGGGGUCUCGGCACUGACCCACAGCCCCAGCAGUUCCUCCAUCAGCUCUGUCAGCUCUGUGGCCUCCUCCGUGGGGGGCCGGCCCAGCCGCAGCGGACUGCUCACGGAGACCUCCUCACGCUAUGCCCGCAAGAUAUCGGGCACGACAGCCUUGCAAGAGGCGCUAAAGGAGAAGCAGCAGCACAUCGAGCAGCUGCUGGCCGAGCGGGACCUGGAGCGGGCUGAGGUGGCCAAGGCCACGAGCCACAUCUGCGAAGUGGAGAAGGAGAUUGCCCUACUCAAGGCGCAGCACGAGCAGUAUGUUACAGAAGCAGAGGAGAAGCUGCAACGGGCCCGGCUGCUGGUGGAGAGCGUGCGGAAGGAGAAGGUAGACCUGUCCAACCAGCUGGAGGAGGAGAGGAGGAAGGUGGAGGACUUGCAGUUCCGAGUGGAGGAGGAGUCCAUCACCAAGGGAGACCUGGAGACCCAGACGCAGCUGGAGCACGCGCGCAUUGGGGAGCUGGAGCGGAGCCUGCUACUGGAGAAGGCGCAGGCUGAGCGGCUGCUCCGAGAAUUAGCCGACAACAGGCUGACCACGGUGGCCGAGAAGUCGCGUGUGCUGCAGCUGGAGGAAGAGCUGAACCUUCGGCGUGGCGAGAUCGAGGAGCUGCAGCAGUGCCUGCUGCUCUCGGGCCCGCCGCCCGCCGACCACCCCGAGGCCGCCGAGACGCUGCGGCUGCGCGAGCGGCUGCUGUCCGCCAGCAAGGAGCACCAGAGGGAGAGCGGUGUGCUGCGGGACAAGUACGAGAAGGCGCUGCGGGCCUACCAGGCGGAGGUGGAGAAGCUCCGCGCGGCCAACGAGAAGUACGCACAGGAGGUGGUGGACCUCAAGGCCAAGGUCCAGCAGGCCACCAGCGAGAACAUGGGGCUCAUGGACAACUGGAAGUCCAAGCUGGACUCGCUGGCCUCGGACCACCAGAAGUCCCUGGAGGACCUCAAGGCCACCCUGAACUCGGGCCCGGGCGCCCAGCAGAAGGAGAUUGGGGAGCUGAAGGCCGUGAUGGAGGGCAUCAAGAUGGAGCACCAGCUCGAGCUGGGCAACCUGCGGGCCAAGCACGACAUCGAGACGGCCGUGCACGUCAAGGAGAAGGAGGGGCUGCGGCAGAAGCUGCAGGAGGCCCAGGAGGAGCUGGCCGGGCUGCGGCAGCACUGGCGGGCCCAGCUAGAGGUGCAGGCCAGCCAGCACCGGCUCGAGCUGCAGGAGGCCCAGGACCAGCGUCGCGAUGCCGAGCUGCGGCUGCACGAGCUGGAGAAGCUGGACGUGGAGUACCGGGGCCAGGCGCAGGCCAUCGAGUUCCUCAAGGAGCAGAUCUCCCUGGCCGAGAAGAAGAUGCUGGACCACGAGCUGCUGCAGCGGUCGGAAGCCCAGAGCAAGCAGGAGGCCGAGAGGCUGCGGGAAAGGCUUCUGGUGGCUGAAAACAGACUGCAGGCCGUCGAGUCCCUGUGCUCGUCCCAGCACAGCAACAUGAUUGAGUCCAACGACAUUUCAGGGGAGAAGGUCAGGAUGAAGGAGACUAUAGAGGGCCUACAGGACAAGCUGAACAAGAGGGACAAAGAGGUGACAGCCUUGAUGUCCCAGACCGAGAUGCUCAGGGCCCAAGUAAGUGCACUGGAGACAAAGUGCAAGUCGGGAGAGAAGAAGGUGGACGCCCUCCAGAAGGAGAAGCGGCGCUUGGAGGCAGAACUGGAAGCCGUGUCGCGAAAGACCCAUGACGCCUCAGGCCAGCUGGUCCUCAUCAGCCAGGAGCUGCUCCGGAAGGAGCGGAGUCUGAACGAACUUCGAGUGUUGCUGCUGGAGGCCAAUCGCCACUCACCAGGACCCGAGAGGGACCUGAGCCGUGAGGUCCACAAGGCUGAGUGGCGGAUCAAAGAGCAGAAACUCAAGGAUGACAUCCGGGGCCUGCGAGAAAAGCUAACCGGGCUGGACAAAGAGAAGUCCCUGUCGGACCAGAGGCGCUACUCCCUCAUUGACCCGUCCUCGGCGCCCGAGCUCCAGCGGCUGCAGCACCAGCUCAUGCGCACGGAAGACGCGCUGCGGGACGCGCUGGACCAGGCUCAGCAGGUGGAGAAGCUCAUGGAGGCCAUGAGGAGCUGCCCUGACAAGUCCCAGGCCAUCAGCAAUUCCAGUUCUACAAAUGGCAUCCACCAGCAAGACAAGGGCCACAAACAAGAGGAGAAGCACUGACCCUGAGGGACACCGCAGAGCGGCCCGGUCUACACUAGAGCCCCUGCAGCCUGCCCCAGCGGCGCCCCCUCCAGGCAGGGGCCAGGACUGUCACUUUGGAGACAAGAACAGUGUUUGUAAUAACGUGCCCACUGCCUCGGACAAUCCCCCACCCCGACCCCCCUGCCGGACCAGGAGGCUUCCUCAAGCACGACCUUCCACAGAGAGCGGUACAGUCCUGGCCUGGUCCCCGGGACCUUCAGCCUGGACACCCUGGACGCCCUGGCAGUUUCUGGAAUUUGUUUGGGGGAGGCCAAGGUGAUCUGGCCAGGCCCCCUCCCCCCAGAAGGAGCUGCCCUGAGGACCAUCGUGGCAUGUCGGGCAUGUCCCUGCCUUCCCUUUCUUCUCUUCCUUCUCCCGGGUUCCCCUGAGACCCCACAGAGCCAUUAUCCCGGGAAAGGGUCAGAGGAGGCCCCGCUAGGCACCAAGGAGGCCAGUCCAGUCCUCGGGAGCCAGGUAGGGACCCCCUUUUCUACAGCCCCCAGACAGUGGUACAAACCCCCCUCAGCCCCUCUGCCUAGCGAGGCCCAGGUUCAAGGUGUUGGGGGUCAAGUCCUUCUCCUCCCCCAUGCCCCAACACGAACUCAUACACGUAGCUCCACCAAGGCCAGGAGCCACAGUAUUAGGAAAGUUCUGAAGCCCCUCUCCUCAUCCCCCACCACGGCCCUGGCUUGGAGCUGGGGCAGGGUGGCUGCUGGGGAGCCCAGACCCAGGGCUCUAGGCAUGUUCUGACUGGUCAGUCAUGUGGUGUCCCCGGGGUUGACUAGCUGUUCCAAAACUGGGCCUUUCCCGGGCAGACACACCGGGGCAGGCUCUGACCUAGACACGCACCUACUUUGGCAUCGCACAGAGGGGUCACGCACGCACACGUGGCCAUGUGGGCAGGCAUGUGCUGUUAGCCGUGCUCAGGCCACAGAAGAUGCAUUCGCCCAGGUCGUGGGACUGACCCCCGGGCCUGGCAGCGCCGUGCCCGCACACGCUGCACGCGAUCCUGCAGCCUCGCUGGGCGCACACCCAGGUACACGAGUGAGCAGGGACGUGUGUGCCAGGUGCAUUCAUCAGAACGCACAAGUACCAAGAGCCCCCUUGCUUACCAGGCACCUGCCCAGAGCUCUGGAAGCCCUGUCCCCUGCAGCCCAGAAAAGAGCCCAAGAGACAUUGGAGAAAAGAAAGAUCUAACCAUCUCUCCCCUCUGCCCCGCGAGCCCAGCUGAGUUACUCCAGGCCUGUGGGUGGUUAGAAAAGCCAGAAGAGAAACCUCUAGAGCUGGAGGGCCCCUUGGUUCUGCCUUGUGCCUCAGCGUCCCCAUAGAGGGCCUGCCUCCACCUCCCCCAGCUCAGGGAGAGUUUUCACUUUGGGGCCCUCCCCUCCCAGGAGCUCAGGGGGGAAGACUGAUGCCCCAACAAGGCGUUCCCAAAGUGCACUGGGACGGGUAUGCAGUCUGUGCCCUGGGAACAACCUGGGGGGCCCCCAUCCUCGCCCAAACGCAGCCCAUCCUGGGGGGGGCAGCCAGUUCGUCCCAUCGGCCCCCCACCUCCCCAUUGGCUUCUGGUAGCUCUCGCAUGCGGUUUUAUUAACAACAGUCUAGAAGCGAUGCUUUAGUGGCCUAACCCAGAGUUAACUACUACUCUUUCCAGCAAAAUCCGGCAGCUCCCCUGCCUACCAGAGGCACUGAUUAGUCUACUAACAGCCAAAGGCCCACACCAGGAGGGGCUGAGCCCCGAGGGCGGCUGGCAGGUGGCCAAAAGCCAUCUGCCUGUAAGCGACUUCACAAGUGUGGGCUCAGCUGUGCCCCGUCCCCAAGCCCCCCUCCCCACCCCACACCCCUUGUCCUCCCCAACCCCACACCCCUUGUCCUCCCCAAAGUGGAAUUGUUGAAGUGUGGCAAGUCCGUGCGCGAGACAAUAAAGCUUGUGACUGACGUCCAGGA